CAUCUCUCAUCUCAAUACUCGAGUGUGCUCAACAAAACAUACCUACUAUAUUGCUAAUCAUAUACAACAAAGUAGCAAAGUAUCUUCAUUUCUUUUGUUUCCUCAUCCAUAAGUACUUUCUAAAAGAUGAGGUAUAAAUCAUCUACAUCUUGUUCUUCUGCUGGCAGGGUUACAGCUCAAUUACUACUAUCUUUCCUGGCCUUAUCGACACCGAUAAGUGCAUCGGACUCAACUCAUCAACGACAACAACAACAGCAGCAACCAAUAUUGCCCAUAUUACCACCUUUGAUUCCAGAAUCAGAUCCUGGACAGGAUUCCGCUGGAAAUCAUGUAUUUUCCCUUCGCCACGUCUUCCAUCAUGGAACGUACGAAUACCCUCAACUACACAAACAACUCGAUAUUUUAGAUACCAAGUCCAAGUCAACAGUAUGGCUGGAAUCCGAAGAUGGAAAGGGGCCACUACAAGAGGUGACAAGGCCAUUGGUUAUGAAGAAGAGCCCAGUGAAGAUAGAACGAUUAAAAGACAGGAGACCUUCAGUGGUUGAUCCAAUGGUGGCGGCAUCAAGAGAGAGCGGAGAUGUAUGGGCAUUGUCACCGUCGGCUUGGACUGUUGACGAAAUUCCUGACCGGACAUACAGACAGGAUACCAUCAUAACACUGGCACAAAUGGCUGCGAAACGCCUACGGGAUUGGAAGGACGUCGAUGGGGGUUUUAAUCGAACCGAUGACUAUGGAUUUGGCUGGGAUGCCGACGGGCUACGAGGUUAUAUCUAUAUGGAUGAGUCGAACUCGACAAUUGUCAUAGGAUUGAAAGGAACGAGUCUUGCGGUGUACGAUGGAGAUGGGACAACUACAAACGAUAAGGAGAACGACAAUUUGUUCUUCAGUUGUUGUUGUGGCCAACAAGGUGCUUCUUUCUACCGACAAGUCUGCGAUUGUGCUACUGGAACUUACACUUGCAAUGUAUCGUGCCUCAAGAAAAGCUUAAGGUCUGAAAACCGAUACUACACCGCGGCUCGACACCUGUACUCCAAUGUCACAGCUCUUUAUCCUAACGCAAAUGUGUGGAUGUCAGGCCACUCUCUUGGUGGGUCGGUCAGUUCUAUGUUAGGGCUGACAUAUGGUAUUCCUGUUGUUACAUUCGAGGCCGUUCCAGAUGCUCUACCCGUAAGUCGUUUAGGUCUACCAGCGCCACCAGGUCACAAUCCAAGUACACCACAAAAGCGUGAGUUUACUGGAGCUUAUCAUUUUGGACAUACUGCCGACCCGAUCUAUUUGGGAACGUGCAAUGGAGCUACCGCUUCUUGUUCAUACGCUGGAUACGCAUUAGAAAGCUCAUGCCAUAGCGGUAUGGAGUGUGUUUAUGACGUUGUGGCCGAUCACGGGUGGGGAGUACACAUCUGGUCACACAAGAUCAUAACUGUUAUCGAGCAAAUCAUAAAAGUUUACGAUACAGUACCAGUUUGCAAAUUUACACCGGAAUGUGUAGACUGUCCACUUUGGAAAGAGGUAGAAGGCAACAGCAGUAGCACUGCCACGUCAGCGCCAUCGACUUCGACCACGAACACUCGGAGUCGUACCUCCACGUGUAAAACGCCUGGCUGGUGGGGCUGUUUAGAUGAAGAUGCAUCUACAACCUCCAAACCUACGACUAGCGUACCGGUUACUACCACAUCAACAUCAACCUCAACUUGCAAAACCCCUGGCUGGUUUGGCUGCAAAGAUGAGAAAACUACCACUAAAAGCAGUAGCACUUCAGUGCCACAUACACCCACUUCCACCUCUUCUACUACGAGUACAACAGCAACAACAACUUGUGAGCAUCCUGGCUGGUUUGGUUGCAAAGAUCCCACCUCUACUUCCACAUCCGUUUCUGUCUCGAGUACAAAAGAUUCAUCCCAUUCCAUAACUUCCGCACCACCUCUGCCCUCACCCACAACCUCAACCCCAUCGACUACAACCCAAACAUGCACCUCCAAAAAUUGGUUUGGUUUCGUCUGCGUUGAUCCUUCACCUGAUGUAAAACCAACGCCUAGCGCGACUCCAAAACAUAAGGAAACGUGUUUGAAGAGAAAUUGGUGGUUUAAAUGUACAGAUUCGAAUGUGGAAUUGUAA